UCUUCUGGAUAAAUCAAGUACUUUUUCUUUAUUAUCUUGUUAAUUAUACAUUAUUUUUAUUAUCCUUUUAGUGGUCACUCCAGGAUAUUUACCCAUAUCAUUAUGUAAUUAUCUCCUUUCUUCCUUCUGCAAUCUUCCUUCUAUAGUUACUACUCUUACUACUUUCUGAACAAGAUAAGGCCCCAUAGUGAUUUAACUCCCAUUUAUUGUCAUUAUUAGAUAUUAUAUUUAUAGUUAUUCCUCUGGGACUCUUGAUUUCUUCUUGAUUUUCCUUUCCAUCUCUUUCCAUUUUCCUCCACCUGAAGAACCAUUAGUAUUUCUUUGAGUGCAGGUCAACACUUUACUCCCAGCCUGAAUUAUUUUUUCAGUAGCUCCAAUUCUUGCUAGGUCACAAUAACAUAAUUUAAAUUUUUUUCUGAGGUUAAGUACGUUUGGGGAAUCAUAGUCUCCGUGGAGAGAAUAUCUUCCAGGAUUCAUUUUAAGGAAAUAAUUAGAGACCUCUAUUGAAUCUUUAAUUUAACAUACAGUAGUAUUAUAUGAGAACUCUACUAUAAUGUUAAAUUAGUGAGAAUCCCAAUUCUGACAUCAUAGUGAAAAAUUAAGAUUCAUAUAAAUGAAAAUAAACGGGUUAGUAAAUAAGGUACAACAUAUUUAUACCACAUUAUGUUAUCAAUCCAACAAAAGUGAUUUUAUAAGUAAAUGAAUGCAGAUAGAUAAUCAGACAUGUCUGUAUAAGGAAACAUUUGAAGAAAUAUAUACUAACUGCAAAUUUUUAUUGUUUCUAGGAGGUAGGGUGACAUGGUGGGUAGAUGUGGGGAUGAGGACUUCCAAUUCUUUUAACUUUUAUAAAAAGGAAAAAAAUUCACUGAGGGUAGAAAUACUGGACAUUAUUUGGUAAGUUUCUUUGAUGAUUACAAAUCAUAUGAAGUUCCUGUUUUAUCAAAUCAAAACAAAUAUUAAAAUAUUUGCAAGAUAUUCAGGUCUCAUUGGCUGAGAGGAAAAGGACAGUCAGCCAGUUGAAACCUAGACUCCUUUAGGAUGUGCAGCUAAAAAAAUGUCUUUUAAGAACACUGCCUACCAAAAGCUGCCUCACCUCUGUUUACAGUAGAAAUGUGUGUAGAACACUUUUUUUUGCACAAAAUAUUAGAGUUUGUAUUGAAGUGUUUGAAGUUUGAUAGAAUUGAUGCUUGACAGUAUCCAGCCCUGUCUAGGGCAAAUUUUUUCUUUUAGGACCCAACUCAUGUUCCUUUCCUUCCUUUCUUGAAGCCUUUACUCACUUCCCAUAUUUCCCUGUAGUAAGAAGUGUUUUAGAAAUGGAAGCAUGUAAGAACAAGCUGAUGUAUGUAACUGAUGUUUCUUGGAGGCAUACUUCUGCUUCCUGUAUAGCUUCCUUAACAUUGUUGUCCAUUACUGGGGCACUAGCCCAGUAUCGACUCAUUUUUUCCAUUAAAAAUAUCUGCAUAAAAGCAUUGAUGUACUUAAAUACAUCUUCAGUAGGACCAUUACACUGCAGAGUCACAUUAAUAGGAGUGAUGUUCAUAUCUGAUGACCACUAAGGCAAGGGCACACACCAGAACUUACCCUAGAUGGGAUACUGGAGGCCACUGGAGUGCUGGGUAUUCCCCUUCAGUUGCUGGGCUGUGGGGAGAUCUGGGAUUGUCACCACAGGGCUCAGUGCAGUAGCUGUUUACCAACCAACGUGACAGUAUUUCAGUAUUUAACAGAUCAAUUCAGCUCUUCACAUGUGUACCAUUGAGUGUAUCUAUAUAUCAUCCCAGUUAAAGAGUCGGUUUUGCUCUGUGACACGCCAAACCAGCUGAGCAUAUAGUAAAUCAUAUGCAAGCCCUGGUAAGUCUGGAGUAGAUUUACCUCGUUAGAAAGAAUAUCCAUUUUGAAUUUUUAGGAAGCAGACCAGGUCUUAUUCCAUGUGAUAAAGAUCCUUAAUUCAAUGUAGUAUUAUUAGUUGAGAACUACACUGUAACAUUUGAAAAACUCUCGCUCAUUAGACAUGCACAACUGGGUAUGUUCCUCUAGUGAGAGCUGUAGGGGUUUUUCACUGCACUUCACUAUCACAUCUGAAAUACUAUUUAACAGUGCUUAAAAUUAGUAUUAUUUUGUUUCUGUAAAGAGAAGUCACCAUCUUUGAAACUCACUGGGGUUAUCAAGAGCUGUUAGAUAAUCUUUUAUGACCCCAGUUGUUCUGUUAUGGCAUACAUUUCUUUAAGUUAUAUUUUGCGAAAUCACUACAGAACUUAUUUAAUGUAUUUAUUACUUACAUGUUUAAUUUUAAGAAAUUAAUAUUAUGAACAUCAAAUACAUUUAUAUAUGUUACUCUGUUGACAUACCUGGAACAUUGGCCAUUCCAUUGAAGAGUUUGGAAAAUGUAGGUUUAGACCACAUACAACUUAGAGGGCUUAACUCAUGUUCCUGUCUCUUCCUUAAAGUCUUCUUUCACUGUCCUAGUCUAUCCUGAUUUUCCAUAUUGAGAAAUGCAUUAGCAUUUAGUAUGAAUAACAUAUUUUGCUCUUGUUUAUAGUGUUCUGUUAUUGCCCAUUUUUGUGCUAUUAAUCUUUUCACCAUCAGUAGAGACUAUAGACUAUGCCAGAAAUUGUAUGCUUUCCUUGACAGAAUAUUAAAACCAAGCAAGAGAAAUCAUCUUAGCAAGUGUUUGACAUGUGUUGCACAGAACCCAAGAUAUGGCCUGAAAAUUUCACUAUAUGCACUAUUUCUCUCUAAAAGUACAAUUUAACUUUUCAAACUAUGCCAGUCUGACGUUAGGAACACUAGUUGAGCAUAAAAGAAUAUGUUUAUGUCAUUUCAGGAUUUGGUGACAUUUGGGGAUGUGGCCGUAGAUUUCUCCCAAGAGGAGUGGGAGUGGCUGAACCCUGCUCAGAGGAAUUUGUACAGGAAGGUGAUGUUGGAGAACUAUAGGAGCCUGGUAUCAUUGGCAGGAGUUUCAGUUUCUAAGCCAGAUGUGAUCUCAUUAUUGGAACAAGGAAAAGAGCCCUGGAUGGUGAAGAAGGAGGGGACAAGAGGCACAUACCCUGAUUGGGAGUAUGCAUUUAAAAACAAUGAAUUUUCAUCAAAGCAAGUUAUUUAUGAAGAAUCAUCCAAAGUACUGACAAUGGGAAGAAGCCAUCUUAGUUAUAGCCUUGACUGCCCCAGUUUGAGAGAAGACUGUAGAUGUGAGGACUGGUUUAAGAACCAGUUAGGCAGUCAGGAGGUACAUUCUAGACAACUGAUCACCACUCAUGAAGAAAUCCUCACUGAAGAUAAAAGUAAUGAAUAUACUAAAUCUUGGCAAACUUUCCAUCAGGAUGCAAUAUUUGAUAUAAAACAGAAUUUUCCCACCAAAGAAAGAGUACAUAAGCAUGAGCCACAAAAGAGAAACUACCGAAAAAAAUCUGUUGAAAUGAAACAUAAGAAAGUCUGUGUACAAAAGAAACUUUUGAAAUGUAAUGAAUGUGAGAAAGUUUUCAACCAGAGCUCAUCUCUUACUCUUCAUCAGAGAAUUCAUACUGGAGAGAAACCCUAUGCAUGUGUUGAAUGUGGGAAAACCUUCAGCCAGAGUGCAAACCUAGCUCAACAUAAGAGAAUACAUACUGGGGAGAAACCUUAUGAAUGUAAAGAAUGUAGGAAAGCCUUCAGCCAGAAUGCACACCUUGCUCAACAUCAGAGAGUUCAUACUGGAGAGAGACCUUAUCAGUGUAAAGAAUGUAAAAAAGCCUUCAGCCAGAUUGCACACCUGGCUCAACAUCAGAGAGUUCAUACUGGAGAGAGACCUUUUGAAUGUAUUGAAUGUGGAAAGGCCUUUAGUAAUGGUUCAUUUCUUGCUCAGCAUCAGAGAAUUCAUACAGGAGAGAAACCUUAUGUAUGUAAUGUGUGUGGGAAAGCCUUUAGCCAUCGUGGAUACCUAAUAGUACAUCAGAGAAUUCAUACCGGAGAGAGACCUUAUGAAUGUAAGGAAUGUAGGAAAGCUUUCAGCCAAUAUGCACACCUUGCUCAACAUCAGAGAGUUCAUACUGGAGAAAAACCUUAUGAAUGUAAAGUAUGCAGGAAAGCGUUCAGCCAGAUUGCAUACCUUGAUCAACAUCAGAGGGUUCAUACUGGAGAGAAACCCUAUGAGUGUAUCGAAUGUGGGAAGGCCUUUAGCAAUAGUUCAUCACUUGCACAACAUCAGAGAAGUCAUACUGGAGAAAAACCUUAUAUGUGUAAGGAAUGUAGGAAAACAUUUAGCCAGAAUGCAGGCCUUGCUCAACAUAAGCGAAUUCAUACUGGAGAGAAACCUUAUGAAUGUAACAUUUGUGGGAAAGCCUUCAGCUACAGUGGAUCUCUUACUCUACAUCAAAGAAUUCAUACAGGAGAGAGACCCUAUGAAUGUAAAGAUUGCAGAAAAUCUUUCAGGCAGCGUGCCCACCUUGCCCAGCAUGAGAGAAUUCAUACCAUGGAGUCAUUCUUGACUCCUUCCUCUCCCUCACCCUCUAUGUCCAGUCAGUUGCCAAGACCUGUAGGUUUUAUCUCCUAAAAAUGCCUUGAACCAGACUCCUUUAAUCCAUUUCCCUUCCAUUAUCUUUGUCCAAUACACAGUAAUCUAUUUCAUAUGGACUAUGGAAAUAACUUUCUGAUUGGUCUCCCUGUAUUUACCAUUUCCUUUGUCAGUUGCCUACACUGUAGUCAAACUUGUACUUUAAAAGUUUGACGAUAUCACUUCUCCUUCAUUGGUACCCUUCAUUGGUAUCCCAUAGUUCUUAGGUUAAAGCACACAUUCCUCAAAAUAGUGUAAAAGACCCCCUGCCCCAGAUACCUUGUUCCAUUUAUACCUUACAAAGUACUGUUUUGUGUCAAAAUCCAUCUAAUUCUUUGGACAAUUAAGAACUCCUAUUCCAGCAUCAAACAGAUCUGGGUUCUAAUCCUUGCUCUUCCAUUUUCUAGCCCUCUAGUUUUAGAGAAACAUUUUGUCCUUUGUAAGGUUCAGUCUUAUUUAUAUUAUGGGAAUAAUAAUGGUACUACCUCAAAAGUUGAUGGGAGAAUUAAAUGAGAGAAUGCAUGUAAAUUGCUCAGAGUGCCUAGCAUAAAGUAAUCACUUAAUAAACAUUACUGUAAAAUGAAGAGAUACUGUGGUAUACAAAGAAGACCUGAUCAUCUUAGCAGGGAUCAUCUGAGAAAAGCAGUAGCAGCUCAACACUUAAGAGAUUAUAAGUAUUUUUGAUUAAGAAUAGCAGUCAUUGUUCUAAAGUGGUUGAUAAGGGCAUCUAAUACAGUAGCAUUGGUGUUAAAGUCCAUGAUGAUACAGAGUAAGAUCUGACUUUGUUGGUAAAAACUUCAUUAGAUAUUCAGCAGUUCUAAGAAGCCAGAUUUUAAAAAUCACUAGUAACAAGUAGGCUUUACUAAGAUAUAUUCAACAUUUACACUUAGACAAAGGCAAAAUAGGUAUUUUUUAAAAGACAAAAAGACCAAUAACCAAAGAAGAAUAGAAAAUAAAAUGGAAGUUUGGUCCCUCUCCUAAUUCCAGGUGGUUGAAUUGUAUUAAAUCUAUGUCAUUUAAAACUGAAAAGGUUAAGCUAGCUCUCCAAGCUGUAAUUCUGAAACUAGAGGGGAAAAGAAAAUUACAGAUCAGUACUCCUAAACUGGCUGCCCACAGACAUUUGAUUUGGUAGUCACCGAGUUUAACAUGAAUACAAAAUAAUAAUAAUAAUAAUAAUAAUACCUUUAUGUGGGCAUGUUUUCCAGUUCUCCACAGUUCAAACCACUCCUUCUUUACAUCUGAUUUAUUUUACACUUUAUAUUACUUCCUGACUCCUGGAGGCUUUGAGUCUGCAAUCAAUUCAGAACCAACUCACACAGCAUUACAGGUACGCAGAAAAUGGAUGAAAAGGAAGUCUUAAAUAGACACUUUACCCUUCUGCAGGGGGAAGACUAUUCUAGAGAUGUUAGAGGCCCAAAAUUAAUUUACAGACUCUUUGUAACUAAUAGAAUCCUAAUUUUUUUUUAAGGCUUGAAACACUGUGUGCAUGUCAACGCACACACAUAUACAUUCAUACAGGGAAACACAUAAAUACAUAAAUAAAGGUACUAUGUCAGUGGCUUAACAGUAUUAAUAACAUUAAUUCUGCUCUACAAAACCAACUCCCUCAUCCUUUUAUCUGAAUGUAAAAGUUAUUAAAGGACGCUGUAAUUUAUAAUCACAGUGAAAACAAUCUUCCUAGCUGUAAUUUAUAAUUACAGUGAAAACAAUCUUCCUAAACAAGACAUGAGAUCCAGAAGCCACACACACACAGAUUCCAGGUUUUACUGCAUAGGAAUUUUAUUAAGCCUUUAUAUAGUCAAAGACAGUAUAAACACAAAGUUUUUUAUUAUCAGUAUUGUAGAUAUUACAACAUAUAUGAAAUUCAUAUCCUUAACAUAAAAGUGCUCCUACAGAUCACUUAGGAAAUGACACUACUCCCAUGAGCAAAGGAUAUAAAGAAGCAACAGGUGACUGGUAAGUGACAGAAUCUCACUAGAAUAAGAACAAGUUAAAGUAUCCAUUUGUCAAUAUCAAACUGAUAAAAAAAAUCUGCAUUGCAAAAGCACAGAAAAGGAGAUACUUCUAUGCAGUGAUAUGAGGAAGUAUGAAUUUGUACAAAAUUUCUGAAAGGUAACUUGUCAAUAUCAGAAUUUUCACUGGGACAAUCAGAAUUUUCUUUACAAAUUUACUUUAUUUCCUUAUCCCAUUAAACAGAUAAAACAAUGUAAAAGGUACCAAACAAAAAAGAUCAGAAAGGAGGAUCAUCAGUGGAUGAGAGAGUUGAACAAAUAAUAGACAAAAGGGAAGAAAGUGUUCAUUCAUGAAAUGUAGCAGAGGCUGCUGCUAUCUGAAAUGUUUGAAUGAUAGGGAUGUCAGUAACAGAAGCCACUUUACAGAGGCUGGGGGUAAUAAACAGUGACAAGACUG